AUGCAAGACCUGCUACCUCCCCCUGUCGUGUCUUCUUCUGAUACACGUAUACCCAUCCACAAUGACCCUUCGGAAAAUGAAAAAUAUACCCCGCUGCCUGAAACAAAUUCGCCCUAUUCCCCAUCCACACGCUACUCGUUGGCAUUUUGGCUCAUUCUUUACUUUUGCUUCAACCUCGGGCUUACCUUAUACAACAAGGGUGUCCUCAUCCACUUUCCUUUCCCAUACACCCUCACUGCCCUACACGCUUUCUGUGGGACCAUCGGAGGGCUCAUAUUACUCAAAAAUGGUACAUUCGUACCUGCUAAACUCACCGACGCAGAAAACUUUGCGCUGGUGGCAUUUAGUGUAUUGUACACCAUUAACAUCGCCGUCAGCAACGUAUCUCUGAAUCUGGUCACUGUUCCAUUUCAUCAAGUAGUUCGUGCAGCCACGCCGAUUUUUAUAAUUCUUCUCUCCGUCUUCUUAUUUGGCACCCGGAGUAGUAAUCACAAGAUGAUAUCCCUGAUACCUGUCAUAGCUGGCGUUGGCUUUGCGACGUACGGAGAUUAUUCGUGUACAACAAACGGACUCAUUUUGACCGUAUUGGGAACGGUGCUUGCUGCCAUCAAGACUAUCUACACCUCUAUCCUGCAGUCGACCCCAUCACCGACCUCUCCGCAGCCGCGCGUAAAUUUUAUCGUUCCCCCGCGGUUACAAUUACAUCCGCUAGACCUCUUGACCCGCAUGGCACCGCUUGCAUUCAUCCAGUGCGUUUUCCUCGCAUACGUCACGGGGGAAUUAUCCCGCGUGCAUACAUGGAGUCUAGAAGAGAUGACACCAGUCAAAGCGACGCUCCUUGGGGUCAAUGGCUUGAUUGCGUUUGGUCUCAAUAUUGUCAGUUUUACGGCGAAUCGGGCAGCAGGCCCUCUGAGUAUGACUGUUGCUGCCAAUGUCAAACAAGUCCUCUCUGUAUUUUGUGCGGUCAUUCUAUUCAAGCUCACAAUAACGCCGACAAACGCGCUUGGCAUCCUUCUCACGCUCACUGGUGGAAUGUGGUACGCAGCCGUUGAAUAUCAAGAAAAGAGAGGUAGAUGGAGAAAGUAG